AAAACACAAACCCAAACUCCAAAAACAAGGCUCAUGCAAUCACAUCAUUGUCCCUCCACUUUCCUGUGAUUGCUUGCCCCACUCUCUUCGCCCUGUAGCAAUGCUAAUGGGGGCGCACAUAGCCAGGCUUGUGCGCGCACCUAACCCAGCAUUAUUCCUCCUCCUCCUCGUUUCUGCGCUUUCGUUUUCCACGAUUGCAUUUGGCGAGACAGAUGCUGAUAUCCUCUUGCAUUUCAAGAACUCGUUAGGGAACCCUUCUGCUCUUAGCAAUUGGGUGCCAUCUAAGGGUCCAUGUAAUUGGGAUCGUGCCAAUUGGGUGGGUGUGAUUUGUUCAAAUGGUACCAUAUGGGGUUUGCAACUCGAAAGCAUCGGCCUCACGGGGAAGGUAAACUUUGAGACACUUGUUCCCUUGAGGUCAUUGCGUGCCAUAAGCCUUAUGAACAAUAAUUUUGAGGGUCCAAUGCCUGAUAUAAGGAGACUCAGCUCUCUAAAGGCCUUCUAUAUAUCUAACAACGGCUUCAGUGGGGAGAUUCCGGACGGUGCAUUUCAGGGAAUGGGGUCUUUGAAGAAAUUGUACUUGGCCAAUAAUGCAUUUACGGGUCAAAUCCCGUCUUCACUGGGCACCUUGCCUAUGCUUCUGGUGUUGAGGCUGGAAAGUAACCAAUUUGAAGGCCAAAUUCCUGAAUUUCAUCAGAAGUAUUUGAAGGUGAUGAAUGUAGCUAACAAUGAAUUGGAGGGUCCUAUCCCUGCAAGCUUAAGCAAAAUGAGUCCCACUUCCUUCUCAGGCAACAAGAAUCUCUGCGGACCACCUCUCCAACAAUGUGGCUCCCCGCCAGCACCAAAGCCCUCAUCCGAAACGAAUAAGAUAUCUAUUCUAAAAAUUGCGUUGAUUCUGUUAGCUAUGGCAUUAGCACUGGCCAUCAUUGCCUUGUGCAUACUCUUUGCUGCCCGGAGGAGUCCAAAAUCCAAAGUGGACGAAUUGGAUGAUUCAAACAAGCUGCCACCCCCAUCUCCAGUGCCAAGGGAACAUAGUAAGUUACAGGAAAAUACCGGUGUGGUUGCGAGUUCAAAGAAGACUGAGCCUGGUAAACUGUCCUUUUUGAAAGAUGAUGUAGAGAAAUUUGAUCUUCAGGACAUGCUUAGAGCAUCGGCAGAGGUUCUGGGAAGCGGGACUUUCGGAUCUUCUUACAAGGCGGUGAUAAUGAAUGGUCUAGCCUUGGUGGUGAAGAGGUACAAGCAGAUGAACAAUGUGGGAAGAGAAGAUUUCCACGAGCACAUGAGAAGACUGGGAAGGUUAAGACAUCCAAACCUUCUUCCUGUAGUGGCUUACUACUACAGGAGAGAGGAAAAGCUUAUGAUUUCCCAGUAUGUGGAGAAUUGUAGCUUGGCUAGUCACCUCCAUGCCAACCAUUCUGUCCAGCAACCGGGUCUUGACUGGCGCACCCGCCUGAGAAUUAUAAAAGGCGUAGCCAGGGGUUUGGCUUACCUCUACAACGAGCUUCCAAGUCUGAUUGUUCCUCACGGUCACCUCAAGUCCUCCAACGUGCUUCUAGAUGAGUCCUUUGAGCCACUCCUCACAGACUACGCCCUGAGGCCAGUGGUAAACCCGGAACACGCCCACAUGCUGAUGAUUUCAUACAAGUCACCAGAGUACGCGAAAACUGGCCGCAUAACUAGGAAAACAGACGUAUGGUGCCUGGGAAUAUUAAUCCUAGAAGUGCUAACUGGCAAGUUCCCAGAGAACUACCUAACACAAGGGUACAACAGCAGUGCAAGUUUGGCAAGUUGGGUGAAUGCAAUGGUGACAGAAAGGAAAACAAGCGAAGUGUUCGACAAAGAGAUGGGAGGAAUAAAGAACAGCAAGAGCGAAAUGAUAAAUCUGUUGAAGAUUGGGUUGAGCUGUUGUGAGGAGGAUCUUGAGACGAGACCAGAGUUGAAGGAGGUUCUAGAGAAAAUUGAGGAAUUGAGCAUUGAAGGAGACUCCGAUAUAGAAGAAUUUUCUUCAACAGUAGGAGAAGUUGCGUAUAAAGGGGUGGAGGAAGAUUUGGAUCGUUGAAUUUGGGGUUAUGGGUAGAGAUGUUUGCCCUUUUGGGUUGUUGGCGUUAAUUAUCUAUACCACUUUGUCGACAAGGCCAAAAAAAGGUCACUAAGAAGAAAAGAAAAGUGUGUUCUUUUUGUUCUGUUACAAUUAGUGAUUGUGUUAGCUAGACUCGCACAGUUGCACGCUGUUAAAAAC